AUGGUGGCGGAGCGCGUCGUCACGGUGGAGUACCUGGAGCCGACCAUGUCACGGGAGCUCCUCGGCAAGUUCCCGGACAACUCCGCCUUCGACUUCGAUUACUCCCAGAGCGGGAUAUGGUCUCCCCUGCUCCCCCGCGGCAUCGAUGACGCCCGGAAGAAACUCUUAGCCGGAUCUCCAGUGACACUCCGAAGAGUGAAAGCAAAGCUCACAUACAAGAAGCGGAAGAAGAAGAGGCCGAGUGCUAUUAGGAAGAGCUUGGAUUUCUCUCCGGUUCCUUCUCCUAAACUGGGGUGGAAGAGGGUGCUGAGAGCAGCCGCGAAGCGCUUCAAGGUCCAUGCAAGAUCGCCGCUGCAGAUGAUGCUGCCCACAUUGUGA